AUGGGUAAUCAUCCUAGCAAAACAUAUGAAGCUCAAUAUUCAGAAAUACUUUCCCAUUUUUCAGAAGAUGAAAAGACUGCGCUCUUGCAAAAUUUCAAUGAAUUCAGUGAGCUAUCUUUAGGCUCACAGAAACAUGAAAAACCUGAAGUAACCCCCUUAAGCAUCAAAAAUCAUUUACCUCCUAUAAUUGGAGAAUUGCUUAAAGACGGAUUUGUCAUAUAUAUUCAAUCCCAAUCAAUAUUUCACAAAAAAAAAUCAGCACAGGAGAAGCAAGAAAAACUUUCCAUUCAACUGAAUAAUUCAAUUGUCAUAACUAAGCUUGAUUUUAUAUCUGCUAUAUAUAAUUUGAUAAAAACUGCCCCAACAGAUCAAUCACAAGCAGCAUUCAUUAUUGGACAGUUAUCAACGAAUACUUUAAGAACCUUUGUGGAAGAAGUUAUUCGGCCGGCAUUGGUAUAUUGGUUUGAAGGAAGUUAUUUUAGAAAGAAUGGUCAAAAAAAUAAGAAGAAAGAUUCAUAUUUUGAUGAUGAUGCAUCUUUAAUCAAUUAUUUAAUUUGUUUUCCCAAACUUAAAUAUGGAAAACCCGAAGAUGAUAAUUUAUUAUCAAAUAUUAUCAAAGAAUCCGAAAUAGAGGAUUAUUUUAAUCAAGGCUCUUUUAUGGAUUGGUUUAUCGCUAAUAUACCAUAUCAAAAUUUAUUCAAUAUUCUCUUGACUCGUUUAUUUUUACAUCGAACAAUUUCACAUUAUUCUGAAGAUGAAAUUCUCAAAUCAAGAUUGUCUAAUGUUAUUUCUCCCCAAAUUUUUUCAAAUUAUUCAUUACCAAAUUUUUCUCGACUUUUAUCACCAGCAGAUUAUUAUAUGAUAAAUAGUAAUUUACCACCUGAUUGUAGAACGACUAUUCAUACAUUAUUAUUUUCAUCAGCUCGCGAUGGUGAGAGUUGGCACGCUUUUAUUAACUUAUUACUUUAUAAAGGUUCUACCAUUCUCGUAAUUAAGGAUAAGAAUGGUUAUAUCUUUGGAGGAUUUUCUUAUAAGGAUUGGGAAUUGAAUCCUAAAUUUUAUGGUGAUCGAAAGAAUUUCUUAUUUUCCUCGAGACCAAAAUUAAGAUUUUAUCCGGUCUCGGGAUAUAAUGAUAAUUUUCAAUAUUUGAAUUUCGGAACUAAAACGUUACCAAAUGGAAUGGGUGGUCAAUUUGAUUAUUGUGGAUUGUGGAUAGAUUCAGAUUUUAAUCAUGGACAUUCUAAAGCAGCACUUCUUUCGACUACUUAUAACAAUCCACGAUUAUCUAAACAAGAGAAUUUUCUAAUAGAAGAAGUUGAAGUUUGGUUAGUUAAACCUACCACACGAGACCCUGAUGAUAUUCCAACUGGUCCCAAGCAUUCAGCUUUAGAUCGUCAUCCAGCAGAAUUAGAACUUAUAGAAAUGGCAACUGAUCGUAAAAUGUAUUCAAAAAAUGUUCGUGAACCAGAUGUUUUACCAGGGGAUGAUGAUUUGGAGUGA